UUAGCCCCAAAUUUAUAUAUUCGUGUUAAUUACUCCACUGACCUAAUUUGCAGAUUCUACUGAGUGCGCCUUCUUCUUCUUCUCCGAUUCUUCACCGAACUGCAUUUAUCAUCCUUCGCCAUGUCCGGCGAAUCAGCUUCUGUCAUUCCGAGAAAUCAAGUUGAUUUGGUUGAGUUUGUGGACUGGUCUUCUGUCGAAUGUUUGAAUCAAAGCGGCACCCACUCUCUUCCAAAUGCUCUCAAGCAGGGUUAUCGAGAAGACGAGGGUUUGCACUUGGAGAGUGAUGCGGACGAGCAACUGUUGAUCUACAUUCCUUUCAAUCAAGUUAUUAAACUCCAUUCUAUUGCCAUCAAAGGACCAGAGGAAGAAGGUCCGAAAACUGUGAAGCUUUUUGUUAAUAGGGAGCACAUGGGGUUCAGUAAUGUCAAUGAUUACCCUCCAAGUGAUACAGCCAUCUUUUCUGAGGAUAACCUUACAGGGAAAACUGUCGUUGUAAAGUAUGUCAAGUUUCAAAAUGUCCGCAGCUUGACAAUCUUCAUCGAGGAGAAUCAAUCUGGUUCCGAGACUACAAAAGUCCAAAAGAUUAUACUGUAUGGAACAACAGUGGAAACAACUGAUAUGAAAGGCCUGAAGAAAAUUGAGGAUCACUGACUCUGUAAUAAUUUGCUAUAUUGGGAAACUUUUUUAGUACCCGUCGUAUUCAGGGAUUAGAUAAGUUGAUGAAUUCAACUUUCUCAUGCUGCAAAGCUCUAAUGGAAGAGAAUAUAGAAACUUCCUUUAAGUCGAAAUUUAAAGAUAUUGACCUAUUCCAUGCAAUAUCGGUUUAAGGUGGCAUUUGGCCUAUAUGAAGUUUAUGAGGUCUACUGAUAUGGCUUUUGACCUAAAUAAUCUUUUUAUUUAUGUUGUCCAAUUUAAUUUGCACAC